CUGCGCAACAGGUUCGCUGUCGGCGGCCUGACGACGAAGCGGGCGCGGCGGAGGCUGCCAAGCAGGGUCUCCCGGCGUCCGCCCGCGCCCGCGCCGCUGGUGCUGAGAGGCGCGGGGUCGCGCUGUGACGUGCGGGAGGCGCGGCGGGCGCGCCAGAUGGCUGAGUGCUAGCAAGGAAAAUUCAGGACCAUGAUGGCUCAGUUUCCCACAGCUAUGAAUGGAGGGCCAAACAUGUGGGCUAUUACCUCUGAAGAACGGACUAAGCAUGACAAGCAGUUUGAUAACCUCAAACCCUCAGGAGGUUACAUAACAGGUGAUCAAGCACGUACCUUUUUCUUACAGUCAGGCCUGCCAGCUCCUGUUUUAGCUGAAAUAUGGGCUUUAUCAGACCUGAACAAGGAUGGGAAGAUGGAUCAACAAGAAUUCUCCAUAGCUAUGAAACUUAUCAAACUAAAGCUUCAAGGCCAGCAGUUGCCUGUGGUUCUUCCUGCUGUUAUGAAGCAACCUCCUAUGUUCUCUCCAUUAAUUUCUGCUCGUUUUGGAAUGGGAAGCAUGCCCAAUCUGUCCAUUCCUCAGUCAUUGCCUCCAGUUGCACCCAUAGCAACACCCUUGUCCUCUGCGACUUCAGGGACCACCCUUCCUCCCUUAAUGAUGCCUGCUCCCCUAGUGCCUUCUGUUAGCACUUCAUCAUUACCAAAUGGAACCGCCAGUCUCAUUCAGCCUUUAUCCAUUCCUUAUUCUGCUUCAACAUUGCCUCAUACAUCAUCUUACAGUCUGAUGAUGGGAGGAUUUGGUGGUGCUAGUAUACAGAAAGCCCAGUCUCUGAUUGAUUUAGGAUCUAGUAGCUCAACUUCCUCAACUGCUUCCCUCCCAGGGAACUCACCCAAGACUGGGACCUCAGAGUGGGCAGUUCCUCAGCCUUCAAGAUUAAAAUAUCGGCAAAAGUUUAAUAGUCUUGACAAAAGCAUGAGUGGAUACCUCUCAGGUUUUCAAGCUAGAAAUGCCCUUCUUCAGUCAAAUCUUUCUCAAACUCAGCUAGCCACUAUUUGGACUCUGGCUGACGUUGAUGGUGAUGGACAGCUGAAAGCUGAGGAGUUUAUCCUUGCAAUGCACCUCACUGAUAUGGCCAAAGCUGGACAACCAUUGCCACUGACUUUACCUCCUGAGCUUGUCCCUCCGUCUUUUAGAGGAGGAAAGCAAAUUGAUUCCAUUAAUGGAACACUGCCUUCACAUCAGAAAAUACAAGAAGAGGAACCUCAGAAAAAAUUACCAGUUACAUUCGAGGACAAGCGGAAAGCCAACUAUGAGCGGGGGAACAUGGAACUGGAGAAGCGACGCCAGGCCAUGAUGGAGCAGCAGCAGAGGGAGGCAGAGCGCAAAGCCCAGAAAGAAAAGGAAGAGUGGGAACGAAAACAGCGAGAGUUACAAGAGCAAGAAUGGAAGAAACAACUUGAAUUAGAAAAACGCUUGGAGAAGCAGAGGGAAUUGGAGAGACAACGAGAGGAAGAAAGGAGAAAAGAGAUAGAAAGACGAGAGGCAGCAAAACAGGAACUUGAAAGACAACGUCGUUUAGAAUGGGAGAGAAUUCGUAGACAGGAGCUUCUCAAUCGAAGGAAUAGAGAACAGGAAGAAAUUGUCAGAUUAAACUCUAAAAAGAAGAGCCUUCACCUCGAGUUGGAAGCACUGAAUGGCAAACAUCAGCAGAUCUCAGGCAGACUUCAAGACGUCCGACUCAGAAAGCAAACUCAAAAGACUGAGCUGGAAGUUCUGGAUAAACAGUGUGACCUGGAAAUUAUGGAAAUCAAGCAGCUUCAACAAGAACUUCAGGAAUAUCAAAAUAAGCUCAUCUAUUUGGUGCCAGAGAAGCAAUUAUUGAAUGAAAAAAUUAAAAAUAUGCAGCUCAGUAACACACCUGAUUUAGGGAUCGGUUUACUUCAUAAAAAAUCAUUAGAAAAGGAAGAAUUAUGCCAAAGACUUAAAGAACAAUUAGAUGCUCUUGAAAAAGAAACUGCAUCUAAGCUGUCAGAAAUGGAUUCAUUUAACAAUCAACUAAAGGAAUUGAGAGAAAGCUACAAUACACAGCAGUUAGCCCUUGAACAACUUUAUAAGAUCAAACGUGACAAACUGAGGGAAAUUGAAAGAAAAAGAUCAGAGCUAAUACAGAAGAAGAAACUAGAAGAUGAGGCUACAAGGAAAGCAAAACAAGGAAAAGAAAACUUAUGGAAAGAAAAUCUUAGAAAGGAGGAAGAAGAAAAACAAAAGCGACUCCAAGAAGAAAAGACACAAGAAAAAGUGCAAGAAGUGGAGCGGAAAGCUGAAGAGAAACGAAGUGAGCCAGCGGGUGCUUUGGUGAAUUACAGAGCAUUAUAUCGCUUUGAAGCAAGGAACCAUGAUGAAAUGAGUUUUAAUUCUGGGGAUAUAAUACAGGUUGAUGAAAAAACCGUAGGAGAACCUGGUUGGCUUUAUGGUAGUUUUCAAGGAAAUGUUGGCUGGUUUCCAUGCAACUAUGUAGAAAAAAUGACAUCUGAAAAAUCUGUGUCUCCUAAGAAGGCCUUACUUCCUCCUACAGUAUCUUCAUCUGCUACCUCAACUUCUGAAUCACUUUCUUCAAAUCAACCAGCAUCAGUGACUGAUUAUCAAAAUGUAUCUUUUUCAAACCUAACUGUUAACCCAUCAUGGCAGAAAAAAUCAGCUUUUACUCGCACUGUGUCCCCUGUAUCUGUAUCACCUAUUCAUGGACAGGGACAGGUUGUAGAAAACCUAAAAGCACAGGCCCUUUGUUCCUGGACUGCAAAGAAAGAUAACCACUUGAACUUCUCAAAACAUGAUAUUAUUACUGUUUUGGAGCAGCAGGAAAACUGGUGGUUUGGGGAGGUGCAUGGAGGAAGAGGAUGGUUUCCAAAAUCUUACGUCAAAAUCAUCCCUGGGAGUGAAGUUAAACGGGAAGAACCAGAAGCUUUGUAUGCAGCUGUAAACAAGAAACCUGCCUCUGCAGCCUGUACAGUGGGGGAAGAGUAUGUUGCACUUUAUCCAUAUUCAAGUGUAGAACCUGGAGAUUUGACUUUCACUGAAGGUGAAGAAAUAUUGGUGACCCAGAAAGAUGGAGAAUGGUGGACAGGAAGUAUUGGAGAUAGAACUGGAAUUUUUCCAUCAAAUUAUGUCAAACCAAAAGAUCAAGAGAGUUUUGGGAAUGCUAGCAAAUCUGGAACAUCAAACAAGAAACCUGAGAUUGCUCAAGUAACUUCAGCAUAUGUGGCAUCUGGUUCUGAACAACUUAGCCUUGCACCAGGACAGUUAAUAUUAAUUCUAAAGAAAAAUACAAGUGGAUGGUGGCAAGGGGAGUUACAGGCCAGAGGAAAAAAGCGACAGAAAGGAUGGUUCCCUGCCAGCCAUGUUAAACUUUUGGGUCCAAGUAGUGAAAGAACUACACCUGCCUUUCACGCUGUGUGCCAGGUAAUCGCCAUGUAUGACUACACAGCGCACAACGGGGAUGAGCUAAGCUUCUCCAAGGGACAGCUCAUCAGCGUUUUGAACAAAGACGAUCCUGACUGGUGGCAGGGAGAAAUCAGUGGGGUGACUGGUCUCUUUCCUUCAAAUUAUGUUAAGAUGACGACAGACACAGAUCCAAGUCAACAGUGACCCAAUGUUGUCUUCCAGUGUGAAAGCACCCCAGAGACCCACUAUCCAAGUUUGACUCUAGCGUGGAGGCAGGGCAGGCAGCCCUGAUCAAAUAUCUCCUACACAAUUCGUUAACUUCGUUCGAAUGUUAGAGCCACUUGUGAUUAUUUCUUUGUGUUUCUAAUUUACAGUUAAAAUUUAUUUGUAACAAGUUAAAGGAUAGUGGGUCUUUGUGUGGCUUUCCCUGCUGUUCACUCUGGCAUCCUUUAGCAUUUUUCUUCUUUUUUAAUUUGGUAAUUGUAGGUCAUUAGCAUGCAUAUUGAGUUUGCCCUUACAUGGUGGGAGUUCGAACACACAAAGACCCACUAUUUGCACAAACUGUUCUCGCUGGUUUGAAAUGGGCUGCCAUGCUUUUCUAAUGUUACUGCAACAUGUAUAUUCAUUACAGAAUUCAGAAUUGCUUAUGUUUUGCUAUUAUGUUUGAUCUAAUCCUAAUCACAGUGAGCUCUUAAUUGAUUCAAUAUGUGAUUUGUCCCCCAGUAUGCACUGUUUAUUCUGUUACUUUCUAAUAUGCCACUAUGAGUACCAAUACUUAAAUUUGUUUAAAGGCCAAGAAUUGGAAAUAUCCUUUUCUCUAUUUUCUGUGUAUUUGGGGAUGGGAUCAAUAACACUUUGAGGGAGCUUUUCAUAUCUCAUAGAAGAGGAAAGUGGCUGCCCCAGCAGUAUGUGCAGAGCAGGACGUGUUAUCUGUUCCAGCUGCCCAAGAAUGAGCCCUGUACUGUGGGAGUUCCCCUAGGAUCUCUGUGCUCUGGUUCAUGAAGAUACUGCUUCAUGUGCUGCAGAGGUCAGUUGUUACUUCUUUACUGAUGACCUAAAAAUGGAUUAUUUUUGAGGAAUGAAAGGCUUCCAUCAUUGACCAUGAGAUAUGAAACCUUCCCUACCUUAUUAGACACACCAUUUAUACGUAUACAUUUUAAAGUCAAAAUUCAUGUUAUCUAUUUUAAUAAGGUGACUGCAUGUCCCAGGUCACAAAGGGACACUGGUUGACAUUCUUCUUAAUGUAUUUAGUAAAGAUCAUAAGGAAUCUUCAAAGAGUUUAAAUGUCCUUGAAGGAGGCAGACAGUCUCUAUCUAGUUGAGGAUGAAUUUGAGUGAAGAAAAGAUGUGUGAGAGCUGUCAUUCCUCUGUGUCCAUGAAGCUGCUUUGUGGCUAGAAGAUUGAUUUUACCAUUCAGAAUUCUCUGGCUAAUAUCUAUUCUUCAACCACAUUGGCUACUUUGGCAUAGGAUUUUACUUCUUUUCCUUGAAUGGAAAACUUUAAAGAUAAUAAACAUUAUUAUAAACUAAUAAACGUGAGAGUACUAGCUGAAACAAAAAGGAGUUUUAGUGGAUGGUAUUAAACUGCAUUUGAAAAUCAGUGAGAAGUUUAUGCAAUUUAAAAUGUUUACAAACUGCAGUGCAAUCUACUGUUUAUGAAUGUCCAAGUAUUAUCAGGAAAAGUGUACAUACAGUCACAGAGUCUUAUUUCCUCACGGAGUUCUUUAAGAAGAGUGAAAUAUGUUUUUAUAUCUCUGAGUUUUAAGUUAGAGGUGUAUUUUGUGCAAUAUUUGUGUUGUUGUGCCUACACAUUAUACAUGAAUGAUGUUAGUCAUACAUUGCCUAAAUCAUAACUUUAUGACACUUGAGAAAGAAUCAACAGUUUAGUUAGAACUUCACAAAGUUCGAAUGUCUGUGUUCCAGAAUACUUCAUAUCAUUGGGAUGUAUGGUGACAUGUAUGUGUGCUCCCUGAGGCAGGGAUUUCUAGUUAAUAGACCACCUCAACUUUUAGCAUUUGGCAUCAUCAUGAUACUUUUAUAAAAUAUGAUGUUAAUAGGAAAGCAAUAAUACCAUUUUACAGCUGGCAUAACAGGUUUGCCUGCAGUCACUAAAGGGUACAAUGUAAAGACUGAGUCCUUGUGAAUUCAGCUGAUCUAGAUUGUACGGAUUACUUGGUCUUGCCUUUUAUUUUCUGAAUUUCUGAACCCAUUAGUUGGGUUCAAAUUAUGGGCAGUAACUUUAAAUCCAUUUUAAACCCUGAGGUUAGAAAUUAGACCACUUAAUUAGCCACAUGAUUUGACAUAACAUUUUCUCUUUAUAAUUUUGAAUUUGGGUUUAUUUAAUACACCAAUGAAUUAUUUUAAAGGUAUUUUUUAUAGCUUAGAUUACUUUACUUUUUACACUAAUAAAUAUAGAUUAUUAAGAAUGACAUUCAGGUAGAGCUUAGUGUCUCUAAAUCAAUUUGCAAAUGAUAUAUUCAUCAGGUACCUAUGGACUAAAUCACAUAAUGGCAUAUUUAAGCUGUGUCCGGGAAAUAAAUUUACUGUAUUUACAGAAAUACCUCUUUGUUUAGGUAUUUUGUUAUAUAUUUGAGAGGAAGCUAAGAGUAAAGGAAAUGGUAUGACAUAAUAAUGUGUCCUCCUUAAAAGAGCCUGCAGUCCUUUGCAAUACCUCAUAUUCAGCCACGUAUGUGCUCUCUUCCUCAUUCAGUACAAGAGGCAGCUUUCAGUUUACUUAGAAGGCAGCAGUAGAAGGAGUUUAUCAGGAACAUAGAAUUUUAGAAUGGGAGCACAGCUGAACAAAUCUGAACCCUGUAGGAGGUAAAGAAUCAAAAUACCUGUUUAUUUUUAAAGUAUGUGAUUAAACCUGAUGGGUUUUCCAGAAGUGAAAGAAUCAGUUCUAAGACCAAAGCUGAGAUUUUAGAAAACUUGAAAAUCUAAGUCAACCCUACUUGUUAUAUAGUUUCCUCUAAAACUUUAUCCUAAGGAGUCAUUUUAAAGUAAUACAACAAUGCAACUAUUAAAACAAUGUAACUGCUAUUUUAGUGUUUUAAAGUAUAAUAUGAAUACUGAUAGUUUAAAAUAAAGAAACUGGGGGAAGGAAAAGUAGAGAAAGAAAUGCCAAUUUCAGUCCAAAGCUUUAUUUGCCAAAUUUUCUUGGGAUGAAUUUUACCAAGUUAUAAAUUCUUGUAAAUAGAAUCUAUAAUAGAAAUACUGAGAGACUUUUGCCUAAAGUGGCAUUAUUGGAUGCUACUGUGAUGCUACUGUAAUGUAAUAAAUUAUUAAAUUGUUGCAAAGUGCUGUUUUUUUUGCCUUAAAUUUUUAUUUUGUGUCUUGAAAACUAUAGUAUAAAGGUAUUGAGAUUGUGCAAAUGCUGGGCACGCUUGGCAUGAGGUCAUCCGUUUUUAUUUUUACAAAAUUGUAAUAUAACUAUGCAAGUGUGUUUAUUAAAAGGACACAAACUACA